AUGGGAGGAAAAUCAGAAGAUAAAUCAAAACUAUCUGAACUUUCUAGAGAUGAAGAUCAUCUGGAGAAGRUCAAUACUGUACCCCAGAAUGUAGAUCCCACAGGCAUUUCAAUUGUCUGCUCAAUAUGUCAACAAACAAUAUAUCCAUAUCAUCUUUUUUAUCAUAAAAAAAAGCACUUGGCUCUAAGAUAUCUGGGCUACAAUAGUCCACAGAUGAAGACAGACAAUGAAACACUUUUAGCUCGGAGACAGGAGCUGAUUUCAAAUCUGACCAAACUCCCUAGAUAUUCUGAGAGUUAUAGGCAGAAGAUUGAUUAUUCAUUUGAGUUCCUUACAGAUAUACAGACUUACUCAUCACAUUGUGACAUGGAUAACAUUAACAAUUCUAGCACUCUUAAGAAUGUAAAAAAUUCUUUAAUAAAAGCAUUAUCAAUUUGCCAAGAUAAAAAUCCCACUUGGCAAGGAGACAUGGAAGACAGAUAUAUUGUGCUGGACAAUUAUGGAAGUAGGUCAGACACAUGUUUUCUGGGGUUAGUUGAUGGCUAUCAUGGUGUGGCAGCUGCAGAAACAGUUUCAGCAGAGCUUCCACUUUUAUUUCUUGACCAACUUGCUGAAACAGAUUCCUCCUACAGGAAGAGUAUGGAGGAACAGAAAAUUCUAGAUUCUUUUUCCACAGUAAUCACAGUAGAUUACAGGGAGAGAGAGAGGAUUUUCUCUGAUAAGCAGGACAAUGACAAGACCAACAAGACAAAUACUUACAAAUGGAUUCACAAAGCAUAUGCCAAAUCCUUCUGGAGAAUGGACAGACUUUUACAACUAGGAAGGAAUGAAGCUUCCAAAGUUCGCUGGAGCGGCUGUUCAGUUCUUGCCUGUUUGGUGGAGAGAAUUCACAGUGAAGAGACAGACAGCACUACGGAGAUGGAAAGAAAGCCUUUAGAAAAACAUGGGCACGGUCCAUUAGCCAGGACAUCUAAAGGUGUUGYUGGGUUACUGCACGUUGCCAAUAUUGGUAACAUACAUGCAGUCUUAUGUAAAAAUGGAAGAGCAUAUCGCCUCUCAGAAGAGCACAGCACUUCUAACGCACGCGAGAGAAAACGCAUACUGCAGAGUGGUGGCAAAAUCAGCAGUAAUGAACCAGAUGGAUUAGUAGAAGGGCAUCUGAGAACCACAAGGGCUCUUGGAUAUCACGGAGAUCCAGUUCUCAAAAAGUCUGUUAUACCUGUUCCUCACACCGUCUCUGUCCCCAUUGAUGAUUCCUGUCAGUUCCUUAUUUUAGCUUCCAAUGGGCUUUGGGAAGUUUUGGAUUACCAUGAGGUUCUUGCUUUAACACUAAAAAUAUUCACUCAUUAUUUGAGCAUGUAUGGAAGCAUCCAACAAAAUGGGACUCCUCUGCCUAAGGGUCAAUGUUUGAUGCCUGUCUCUGAAAAAGGCUUAAAUAACUCAAAUGCUAUUCAUGAUAAAGAAGACAGACCAGAGAUGUUACAAUCCAAUAUGGAUAUUUUUCUUGCCAACCCAAAAGGCAACCUGGCACAAAAUGAAACAAGAUGUUCCAGGAGCAGCUACCUGUACAGUGAAGAUGAAAAUUUGAAAGACACUGAUGACCACAGAAACCAAGCUCAUACAGAACCAUGUCCUUCCAGCGACAAUGAAACACAUUCACAGAGGAGUGGGACAACACAGCCUGAUCCUAGCACACAAAGGAGCUCUGAAGAAACAAAGCAGCCUGAGGACCAAAAAGUCCAUCYAUGCAGCAGUUUUCAGCCACAUUCACAGACUGUCGGGCGAGGUGACACAGACACUUUCUGUGCAAGUGGUCCAAGUCACACUGACCAACUGAAUGUACUGGUAACGGAGAUUACAGACACAAAGCAGCCCAAAGACAACACAAAAACUUACCUUUCUAAUUGUAACUCUGAUACAAAAUUGACAGGAAAAGUGGACUCCCAGCCAUUUUCUGACAAGACUGCAAGUUACACCAGUCAACAACUGGUUGAGACCGUGCCGACGGCUGGUUCCACACCAACGCCACAGUGUGAGGACGACACGAGAGUCUAUCCGGCCACUUGUGAACCACCCACAGCAGCAAGAGGCAGGGUCCCCGCUGCGACAUUCUACGAGGAGGUUGCAGGCUACCUCAGUGAGCACCUGGUACAGACUGCGCUGGCUGCGGGCUCGCGGGAUAACAUUACUGUUUUGAUCGUACUUCUAAAUGGAUGCGAUAAAAUACCUAGUUAUGUCAACAUCUAA